AUGGGAGUAGGCACUUGCUGUGGAAAACACAACAGAGACUUAAAACGACCUUCUAGAAGAGAAUCGACAGACACCAUGCAUCUGGCUGAAAAGCUAAAUAAUCGCGACUCAAAAAUUCACAUAAAAAGCGACAGUAUUGGUUAAAUAGACAUCCAAAAAUAUUAUGACGUUGAAUGGGAAAUCGGAAGUGGGCAUUUUGGGAAAGUCAAAAGAGCUUUUAGCAAAGACGUAAAAAUCUCUCAAGACUUCGCUAUAAAAAGCAUCCCGAAGUCAAAAAUCAAAGGCAGAGUGGAGCUUUUGCAAAGGGAACUAGGGUCUCUUAUGGUAGUAGAUCACCCAAAUAUAAUCAGACUUUAUGAGGUAUAUGAAGAUAAGCAUUAUAUACAUUUAGUGAUGGAAUUAUGCACAGGAGGAGAUUUGUUUACACAAUUAUUAGAAAAAGGUAGGUACAAUGAAGGAGAGGCUGCAAGAAUUAUUUAUUCAAUCCUCCAUGCAUUAAGCUAACGAUGACCCCCCUCAAUCUUCAUGUCUAUUGCAACAAAAAAUUUUCGAAAAAAUCUUCAUGCCUACUGCAACACAGCAUUUUUAUAAAAAAAAUUAAUGCAUUUUUCUCUAGGUGAGUUUCUCAAAAACCCCAUAAAACAGCGCUGCUGUAGGCGUGUCAAUGACCUUCUCUUCGAGAUUUGGACGGCUAUUGUCAUUGCUCGCCAGUUUAUUAAACUUAUCUAGCUAAAAAGUACGGAAAAAUUUAAAAUGCGUAUCGAAAAUUUGUUGCAAGAGACAUGAAAAUUAUUAUUUUUUUUAAUAUAAAUUUUUAUAUUAAAAAAUUGCAUUUUUGUUGAAAUAGGCAUGAAGAUUGAGGGGGGGGUCAUCGUUACUUGCACAGCUUGCAUAUCGUGCAUAGAGACUUAAAGCCUGAAAAUAUUAUGUUUGCCACUCAUGAUGCAAAUGCUGAAGUCAAACUGAUUGAUUUUGGCCUUGCAAAAAAAUUUAUUACAGAGGACUGUUUAUUGCAUACUCCUGUUGGCACUUCUUAUUAUGUGGCACCUGAGGUGCUUCAAAAUAACUACGGACCCUCAUGUGAUAUAUGAAGCUUAGGUGUUAUUUUAUAUAUGCUUUUAACUGGAAAGCCACCUUUUAAUGGUAGAUCAGAUUUAACAAUUUUCAAAAAUAUAGGUGUUUUCCCUAUAUGGCCCGAUACUAGGCCAUGGGCUCUCCGUAGAAUCCCUCUGCUGGAGAAUCCACGGCCCUUAUCGGGCCAUAUAGGGAAAACACCUAUAUUUAUCUUGCUCAUAUCCAAAAGAAGGAAGUUCUGAGUGAGAAUCUUUAUCUGAAGACGCGCAUGAUUUAUUGACAAAAAUGCUUAAUUCAGCACCUCAGCAUAGAAUUACCGCGAGUGAUGCCCUAAACCAUCGGUGGUUUGAAAAGAGAAACCAUAAAGACUCGAGAGUUAUAGAUAAAAUUAUCUUCAGCAGGCUAAAAAAGCAAGUCUACACAAAUCAAUUAGUAAAAGAGAGCAUGAAGCUUAUGAUAAAAUAUACAAAAGAAGAGGAUAUCAGUCAAUUAAAUGACAUUUUUAGAGAACUUGAUCAAGAGCACACAGGACUUUUAACUCCUUCGGAGCUAAAAGAAGGGCUGAUUAAAGCAGGAAUUUCUUUGGACAUGGAAACAAUAGAAAAUAUUAUUAGAAAUGCAGCAUAUGAUGAAGGAGAUAAACUUGAUUAUACAGCUUUUAUAGCGGCCACGUUGGAUAGGAAGUUAUUACACAAUAAAGACACUCUUUGACUUGCUUUUAAGCAAUUUGAUAUAGAUAACACAGGAACAAUUUCUAUAGAAAACUUAAAAGAAGUGUUUAAUAGAGGAGGCAAAAAAAUAAGGAAAAAAGAAUUACGGAAAAUUCUUGAGAUUUAUGGAAUUGAUGAAAAUAAAGGAAUUAAAUUUGAAAAUUUUUGCAAUAUUUUUCAAAGUAAUGUUAAUUUAGAAAAUGAUGAAGAUAUUUCUAGUUUGGAAAGUGUCUAUUCGAGAAGAGGGCCAGAAAAAAGUGUCAUGGAUAGCAAUAGAGUAUAG